GAGCCACGCUGAGAACCGACCGACUAAUCUUUUCUAGUUGCUGGAUUUGAAAGCUUCUGCAGACACCAUGAUGAAGUACUAUCAGUGCCCUGCAUCCCAGACUUUGGGAAUCAAGCCUUGCACUCAGAACAUCCCAGUCACCUGCAAAGCUGCCGCUUCUCUGAAACCAAUCCGAAGCGUCCACUUCCCCAAUGACAUCCUUUUCCAGGACUACGUACGACAGGGUGAGCUGGAGAGGAUCGGACGCUUCAUCCGAACCCAGAGAGUGCAGCUCAACACCAUUUACCACUCCGGUAUGGCUGCGAUCCACGAGGCCGUCCUGUCUGGGAACCUGGAGUGCGUGAAGCUGCUGGUCCACUAUGGAGCAGAUAUCUACCAGAGAGACGAGGAGGGAUGGACCCCGCUGCACAUGGCCUGCAGCGACGGCUUCCCACACAUUGCACGCUAUCUUCUCUCCCUGGGUGCCGACCCUGAGCUGGAGAACGACUGCGGGGAGACGCCGGCCAAUCUCAUCGACGAGGACAACAAGGAGCUGCUGGAGCUCUUUGGGCUGGCCGCCAAUGACUGAGACUCCCUGAAACGGCUUUUAAACCCUGAAAAUCCUCUGCUCAGCAGGAAUGAGCAGGGAAGGCCACGUCGCUCCAGGAUCCUGAUUUUGUGAGCUGCCUCAGCUUUGGAGAUCCAGGACUGUGGAGGUCUGGUGGAAGGAGGGCUGACAGAGCUGGUUUGGCUGCCCUCUGAGAGGAGUCAAUAUUUGCUGGAAGGACUCCAGCAGCACAGACUUGUUGUUUCCUGUCAGGGCUUCAGAUCUUUAAUAUAAUGCAGUGAACUGAGUGAAGCUUCGGAUUUUGUUUGGUAGGAAUAUUAUGACGGUUUCUGAAUGUUGCUGCUCACACAAACGGUAGCUCUGAAAGCUUUGUAUAAAA